AUGGAACAAAGGAAUGGCGAAGAUGGCUCAAAGCCGGUCGUCGAGACAGCACCUGUCCCGUAUACGGUAUUUUGGCCUAUUCAGAAACGGUUGCUCAUUGCACUCCUUGGGUUUGGUACCAUCACUUCCCCACUGACAGCUACGAUAUAUUUUCCUCUUCUGCCUCUUCUACGAGAGCACUUUCACACCACGACACAGGCCAUCAAUCUCACCCUGACGAUCUAUAUCAUCUUCCAAGCAAUCUCUCCGGCGGUAUUCGGACCACUGUCGGACAACAUGGGCCGGAGACCGGCAUACCUAUUCACCCUGUCGCUGUACAUGGCGGCGAACCUGGGCUUAGCUCUCAACAGGAACCACUACGGGGUCUUGCUGGGAUUGAGAGCAAUCCAGAGCCUGGGGGCAAGUGCCGCUUACGCCAUCAGCUUUGGUGUUGUUGCAGAUGUCUGUGUGCCGAGUGAAAGGGGCAGGAUGCUGGGACCAGUGAGCAUGGCGUUGAACCUGGGGGCAUGUAUUGGCCCAGUGGUCGGUGGAUGGGUCGCAUAUUCCAGCGGCAGCUUCGAAUGGAUCUUUUGGGUCCUGGUCAUUGUGGGCGGGCUGCUCUUAUUCUUUGUCGGAACCUUCUUACCGGAGACAGCUCGAUCGCUUGUGGGCGAUGGGGCACAGCGACCAAGCCUACCACUGUGGGAAUGGACGUGGUUGCGUAUGAUUCAGCGACUUACUCCAAUCGACCUGCUAAGGAGGAGCACGAAAAGAGGGCGUGAGUCUUUGCGAGGAAGGCCAGACGAGGACCCGGGAUCGCCAUCGUAUCCAAAGUUGGUCUCGCGGCUACGGAUCGGGCUGACAUACCUGCCGCGCGGCGUCGGAAUCAUCGUGGGCGGUUAUUGCAUUGGCAGGGUCAUGGAUUUCAACUACAAAGCCACGGCUAGGCAGAUCAAUUGGAGUAUCGACAGUGUAUCAGGUGACGACCUGGGGGAGUUUCCGAUCGAACGGGCUCGCGUCCGCGGGAGCGGCUGGCUCCUGCUCGUUUCCACCGCCGGCCUUGUCGGAUACGGCUGGGCUGUACACUAUCACGUCCACGUGUCCGUCUUGCUGAUCUUGCAGUUCAUGCAGGGAUUCUGGGGGACGUGUUUCUACACCGUCUACAACACGUUGCUGGUCGAUGUAUUUCCGCAAAGUCCGAGCACCGCCGCCGCCGCGGCGAGUAUCACGAGAUGUGCCAUGGCGGCUGCAGGCGUUGCAGUGUUGCAACCUCUACUCGACGCCGCAGGGAGAGGCUGGUACUUUACCGUCCUGGGGUUAUGGAGUGGCAGUUUUGGCGGGGUGGCGUUGUGGUGUAUCAAGAAAAAAGGCAGGGGUUGGAGAAAGCGGCGUUUGGAUAGAACCAGAGUGGCCGAGUCGUCUCCCGUUGUCGUGGGGGAAAUAUCAAACUAG